UCGACUUUCGACACGUCAAACGUAUUUUACGUAUUUUUGACAUCGAAAGUGAAGUUAUUUGUUUAGAUAGACAUGGUUUUAAUUAUAAUUAAUAGAUAACAAGAAUGGCCUCUUCAAGAGAUAAACAAUCUGAAGUGUCUCCAGCGACGUCGACUUCUUCAGUAAGAUCACACUUUCUUGAAAGAUCACCGUCACUAUCGUCCACUAAAGAAGAUAAAUGGCCGGAAUUGUUAUUGUCCAGACCGGACAAAUCUUACUAUUAUUCUACAAAAUCUCGUGAUCCGGUGGUGAUAGAGCGUAGCAAUCUCGUCAAUAUCUCCAAGUUGAUUGUGAAGGAAUUGAUCGAACAAUCGCUUCGCUAUGGGCGUAUGCUCGACAGUGACCAUCUUCCCUUGCAUCACUUCUUCAUCGUCCUCGAGCAUGUUAUGCGUCAUGGACUUAAACCGAAAAAGGGGCUUCUUGGACCAAAGAAAGAACUGUGGGAUAUUCUGCAAAUGGUGGAGAAAUAUUCCCCCGAGGCGGCCGACAUUACCGCGAGUGUAAGAGACCUGCCAACUGUUAAAACUGCAAUGGGACGAGCACGUGCUUGGUUGCGUCUAGCUUUAAUGCAGAAGCGUCUGGCUGAUUACUUGAGGAUUUUAUUGGAACGUCGUGAAGAGACGUUGGAGGAAUACUUCGAGCCUCAUGCAUUGAUGUUGAACGAGGAAGCUGUUAUCAUCACCGGUCUGUUAGUCGGACUGAACGUUGUUGACUGUAAUUUGUGCGUUAAGGAAGAAGAUUUGGAUAGUCAGCAAGGUGUGAUCGAUUUCUCGCUAUAUUUGCGCGGAAGUAACUCGUCCAACGACAUAGCCGGCAAUGGAAACAACGCGAAUACUGAGCCGAAGCAACGUCAUAUUAACACCAUGUUGGACCAGAAAAACUAUAUCGAAGAACUUAAUAGACAUCUCAAUGCCACCGUGGCGAAUUUACAAGCCAAAGUAGAAUCUCUUACAACCACCAAUGCUCUGAUGAAGGAAGAUCUUGCUAUUGCUAAAAAUACAAUGAUUACACUUGUGGAGGAAAACAAUCAGCUGAAACAUGCAUUGGGUCAAGAUAUAACCAAAGACAGUAGGAUGAAAAUAACAGAGGUGCUUUCUGAAGAGGAGGAGAAACAUAGCGUAAAGAGCUCUUCAUCGGAUAAAUCUAAGAAUGAGAAAGAUUCCGAAAUGGGAAAGUUGUUGGAGGAAGAAAGGAAGAAGAAUACGGAACUACAAAAAGAAUUGGAUUUGCAGAUAUCAUUGAAAGCGGAAAUGGAAGUGGCAAUGAAAUUGCUGGAGAAAGACAUCCACGACAAACAGGACACCAUUAUAUCUCUGAGGAGGCAACUUGAUGAUAUAAAAUUGAUUAAUUUGGAGAUGUACAAGAAGUUGCAGGAAUGUGAAAGUUCCUUGAAACAUAAAACAGAGCUAAUUGCCAAAUUGGAAGCAAAGACUGAGUCAAUGGGCAGCACGAUACAUCAGCUCGAUGAGAAGUUACAAGAAGAUAAGUUAAUAAAGAAGAAUCUAGAAGAAAGUGCCAGAUCACUAGGACAGAAGGCGGCCGCGGCAGAGACAAGGGCAGUAGCCGCAGAGGGAGACUUGAAGAUUGAGAGGGAGUGGAGAAUAUCGCUGCAGGAUUCUAUGAUGCGUGAUAGAGAUAAAAUAUCAAUAUUAACACAAGAAGUGGAAUCGUUAAAAUCUAUAGGAAAAAAAUAUAUAGCUUUACAAGAAGAACAGCAUACUCUUAAAGCACAGUAUAUAGAAGCUCAGAAGACUUUGGAAGAAGUGGGUGCAACUUUAAGCGAGAAUAAGCUUCAAUUAGCAGAGCUUUUAGAGAAAGAAGCUCAUGCUUCUACUGAAGAAACACCAAAUUGGACAAGUGACAAGGAUGCGGUGGCGUGUGCUGCUUGUGCUAAGGAAUUUAAUAUUACAAGGAGAAAGCAUCACUGUAGACGGUGUGGCCAUAUAUUCUGCGCGGCAUGCAGCGACAAAACUGUCGCAUUACCUGGCAACACCAAACCUGUCAGAGUAUGUGACACAUGUUUCAAUGAAGUCAGACUUACGUAGUCUUCAAAUAAUUCCAUUAUGGAAUACAAUUAAGCCCCAGAGGCUCAUUUCCCGUAUUUAAAUGGAAGUGCUAAGCUGUCAAAGUUUUUUUUUGCAUCUGUCAACGGUGCGUGGUAAAGGAGUUUGUAACUAAAUACGUAGGUUUUGAAGCUGCUAAUUGCUUAGCAGAAUCAUAAUGUUGCCACUCUUACUAUAUCUAUUAAAAUAUGGUUCGCUAGUCGUAUGGUAUAUUCAUAUAUUUUUGUUUUAUUUAUUGUGAUAAAACUAUAACCUAAAUCUACAACGAUUUAACUGCCAUUAUUAUACGUAAAGAAAUGUUGCAUUUUAUCGAACGAAAUAAAAAUUCUUUUAAUACAUUUGUAAGGGAUCAAUUAAAAUUUACAUAUGCAUUAUUAUUAUGUAUAAUGGCGACAAAGGAGGAAGGAAAAAACUUUUGUCUUCUACUUCCCCCUUUACUAUUUCUCUCUGUUUAUCUCUUAUGUUUUCAGUUAAAACUUGUAGUUAGUACAAAAAUAUUGUUAAAAUGUUGUGCGUUAGCAGAAAAUUACAAAAAUAAAAUAAAAAACAAUAUACCUUGUGUAUUCAAAAGUUGUUUUUAAAAAUUAAACAAAAAAUACUGUAGGAUUCCAUUCGUUCAAGAGUUAAAUAAAAUUGGUAUUCUUUCUCUCCAGUUCUUAGUCAGUCAGUUUUCAAUAUUUACCUACAUCUUUGGUACUUUUUAUAUCACAAUAGAGACGCAAUAGCUCUGAAGUUGCCAGUAAAUCUAACGAACGAGACAAACUUAUACGAUACGGAAGACAGAUAAAGGAAAUGUCUCUUGUGAGAUUUGAAAUUUACGCUUUAUUUUGUUGUUAAAUAUAGAGACUUUAGAAAUUAUGCUCUUUGUAAUUGAUCCUACAUAAAUAUUUGAAUUUUAAAUCAAAUUAUAAUUUAUAAAUAAUUUAUUUCUUUGUUGUAUAUUCUAUUGACAUAAUGUUUUUAGUAAAUGAAUAUAAGACUAAUUAAUGAACGAAUUUGUAAUUUUUGGAUGGUCAUUAUUUUUUAUCUUGACACGGUGCUCCGACGAACAAGCGUGUUUUUAUUGUUAUAUAUGUUCAUUUAUAAUCAAUUUAUUAUGUGUAAAUAAAUGUAUAGCAAGGAAUUAUGGAAUAUACGAUUACCAUUGA